UAAAGGGUUAGCCGCUUGGCUUUUUCGUGACCUUAUCUCUCUCUUCUCGUCUAGCUUCUAUCCUCUCACUAACACGAUGCCAAUCUUAUAUGGUGUUCGCUGCUUUUCUUUAACAGGAAGAUGGUUAAGCCGUAACGGUAGAACGAGUGCCUUCUAGAUAUUGAGAAUUGUCAAAUCUCAACAAGGUUUUUUGACAAGUUUCAAUGUCUCAGAACACAGCCGUUUUUGCCGUUACUUAGUCUUGUCUCAGCUGUAUCUAAAUCCUCUGUCUCUGUUCAAAGAAAGUAUAUGUAGAGAUUUCUAUUUUAGAGAAAUGCAUUGGAGUAAAACCCAUCUCGUGUUCUUGGAAUACAUAAGAGAUGGUCUUAGUGGCCUUGAAAAGGCGUGUAACUAGUGUUCACCAAACGAUUGAUACACCAAGUUACUGAAUCACCCUCGGUAAUUUGAAUGUGUGAUGCAUCUCGCGAGGGGGUAGAAUCGAAUUUUGGUAUCGGAAGGGGUUUUUCUGGAGACGUAAACCCUAACUUUCUCUCAUUCGGCAAAUGCUAUAAAAAGCCAAAUAUUUCAUUAUUGUCAACACUAACCUUAGAAAAAAUGAUGAACAGCGUCUGUAUCAAUCCGUCAAACACAAUGUCUGCUUCUCCCGUCAAUGAUUUCCCUGGCCUCUACGCCACGGCGGAGACAGGUGUGUUCUGGGACAAGGAGGAAUGCGAGAUCACUGAUGACUUGAACGCUGCUCAGGUUCUCAAGAACAUGAGAAAAGGCCUUUUGGGUGGUGGUCAUCGUGGUCCUGUCACAUUCAACGCUUACGGUGAUAUGACUGGUCGUGACUUUGAAUCAACCGACAUCAAGCUCAAUCAUUUUCCCGCAGGAGAGAAAAACGCGAGACACACCAAAAUGUUGGAGGACAUUGUGGCUUGGGCAGCUGAGCAUCCUGAACCAUCGACGUUGAUGUUAGUCAUGAGUGACAUCUCUCAAGACUUUCUCGAUGUUGUUGAUCUUUUGACGACCAAGAAAAAUUACAGGUUUAUUGAAGUGCUUCCACAUUCACCACCACCACCAAGGCCACUGAUGCUGACUCUGUUGACUAAUGGUGAUUCUAGUGACUAAUGGUGAUCCACUAGUAGGAACUCUAAUAUAAUAAAUGUUGCAGACCACAUUCAGGGAUUAAAAAAAUUGAGUAGUUUUUUUUUUAACGCUCUCUUGGUUGUAAGAAAUGUUGGAUCAUCUUCUAAUGGAAUUUAUUAGAUGCUUUAACUAAAUAAUCUUUGGUGAUUUUUAUUUGUUGAUUAUUGUCUUC